GUCCCUCCUUUUGCUUAUUAUCGUGACCACAGCGCCCAACGGCCGCCUGUCACUACUCCUCUACCAGCCCGCCGGCUCGCUGCUGUCCUGCCCACCAAUGGCCAAUUCAACCAUCGUAUCCCCGGAUCAGACUGUCACGACUGGAAAAGGCGAAGGCGGAUCAGGAGGGGUGCACCCAGACUACACUGCCUUUGUGCUUGUGCCAGUUUUUUUCCUCUUGGGCCUGCUGGGGGUGUUGAUCUGCCACAUACUGAAGAGGAAGGGUUAUCGGUGCACCACUGAGGCCGAGGAUGAGAGUGAGAAGGAGUGCGAAGAAGAGGAGAAGGAUCUUGAGCUGGGCGGAGAUCUGAAUGACACCUUCAGUGACAACAAUGACACAGUUGGACAGAUUGUUCACUACAUCAUGAAGAAUGAAGCAAACUCAGACGCCCUGAAAGCCAUGAUUAAUGAAAACAGCAUUGAUUCCGACGGUCCAGUCUUCAUCGAUACCUCCAAUGACAUACCGAAUGGAGAAACAUCAAAGAGUCCUCCCCUCACCCCGACCUCCCCGGGCACCCCCACGCCUCCCUUGACUCCCGUAUCACCGGGGGCACCCCCAGGGGCCCCUAAGCACACCUGCAACCACCUGCACACCAUUGGGGGUAUGUCCGGCAACAAGAACAUCUGCACCCGCUGCAGCCAGAAGAAAUGGCCGCUGAUGAGGAGGCCGUCGCCCCGCAAGACUGAGCAGCGCCGCAGCCACUGUGGAGAGGUCACGGUGCUGGCUGUGGGCAGGUUCCGCGUGACAAAGUGUGAAAAAACUGCCAGGGAUAGGCGGACGUUGCUUAUAACAGAUUCAAACGGGAGUGUCCCUACAUCUCCGACAGAAGCAGAGCCUAAAAGCCGGGCGACGUCUGAAUCCCAGGAGGAGCAGACGGACAACUUGGACAAAGAGAAAUUAUAGAAAUUCCAGCUUUCCAAAGAGAGACGAAAACCAAUAUCUGGACAACUUUGAAACCCAAAUGAGAAUAUUAAAACAUCAGCACUGGAGGGACCAGAAGACUCAAUCCGGGAAUCGUCCACACGUACUCUCGCUCCACAGGGAGCAAAAAGGAGCUGCUGAUGGUGACGACGGUGAAAUACAGAGUCACACUAAUUUACAAACAGAAGCGGGGAACAAACUUCAUUUCCCCCUAAAACAGAUUUACUUCAGUGCCUUGCUCAAGGGCAGCUGCUUGACAUCAUGGAAGCUUGAACCAGGGCUUUACCAAUGAGCUCAAGUCUCAUUAUUUGUAUGCAGAUGAGGCCCAAGAUAUUUGUACAUAAUUAUAAAUAUAUAAAUAAGUUGUGUGUGGCGGUACAGAGGAGUUACUGCAUGCCAUCAGCCAGUGAAUUUAUAAAACUAGACUUCUGAAAACAGGUACAGCCAGUCAGAGAUAAAAGGUUGUCAUUCACAAAAGGAAGAAGGAACAACCUGACGUAGUGGCCACAGAUCCAGGAAGUAGGCUGGAGUGUCAGUAGAUGUGAUAAAAAAGUAAAGCAGCAGUAAUCUUAUCCUGUGACAGCGUGAACAUGAUGUCAUUGUUCUUGAUGUCAGGAUGAUUAUGCGUGUUGCAAGGUCAGUGUUUUCAAAGUGAUGAUCCAGCUUAAGCUUAAGCUUCCAAUUGGACCUCUAAAAAAAAAAAAAAAAAAGAACAAAAUGCAAUAUUCAGGGUUGAACAUUAAUGUUUCAAUGUUUUCUUUUAGCUAUAAAAGCUCUGGAUGAUAGUGUUAUUUAAUUAACAGCAAACCUUAAAAACCUGCAAUAAUUGUUUUUUGCCACUUGGGGGCAGCACAUCAAGCUAUAAACACAAUUUGGACACGGCAUCAUUAGCAAGCAGUUGUUUUCACAUCCAGCUGACUUGGAGCAACACUAAGACUUAAUUUAAGUCGUGCUUUUGUCCAAUUUAUGAAUGUAAAUCCAAUAUUCCCCCUUCUUUUUCGCUCUGUUUUGCUCUCUAACCAACUCUCAAUUGAAACAUAUGGUGCUGCUUGCAGCUACUAAAUGCUCCUCUGUGUUCACCAGCUAGUCACUAAUUUUGUUCAUCCGUCAUUUGGUGCUGAGCGGGUUGUGUACAGCGGGUUUAUCAGAGCUUUUUCCACUGAAAACAGCUGCCUGCUACAGCUAGAAACAACACCAUGAGUGAUAUGAGAGUGAAUCAAACCAAAACAAGCUGAAAGAGACUAAAAAAGGUCUGUAGAGCUGCCAGGAUCUGCAUAGUCAAGUGAUUCUUUGUGAGUUCAUCAUUACAAGCAACCUCUUUCAUAUGACAGUUAUUUGACUUGACUGAUAGAUAUGUUGUGUUAAAGUGUAUCCUUAAUAACAAAGUUUAAUUUAUAGAUGUAUCAUGUUAUAAUAGAUUUAGAACAUGUAAAAUGUAGAUCUGACUAAGUUCCACAGAGCAAAUUGCUUUUACUCUCUCAUUUUAUAUUAAUUUUCGUCAUGUGCCUACUGAAAUGGAUUCAUUCAUCCGAUAAAGCCAAAUGAAGCUACUUAUUUAACUUAGGCUGGAUGUAUUUUUUUACCACAAGCUGCCUGUAAAUUCAUCAUCAUCACUGUGCUCGCAGGGCUCACGAGCAGAUACUGUACAAUUGACUUAAUCCGUCAUGGAUUAUCUAUUAUCAGUCAGCCCACCUGGAAGUUAGUCUUACCUUUUCUCUUCUUUUUUUUUUUACUUAUGAAAUGUGCCUUUCAUUUUUAAGUAUGUGUAUGUGAAUGGCAGAGAUCAUGUGCUGUUCACGAUGUGUUUACAGUGUCAGGAAUCAUUUGUAAGCAAAUUCACUGAACGAGUUACAUGUUGGAGAGAAAAAAACAACAUGUUUUUAGUCGCUCUCAUUACUCGUUACCUCCAAGAAAUGUGGUUUUGUGUGUUUGUGUGUGUGUGUGUGUGUGAGAGAGAGAGAGAGAAAUGCAGAUGUGUAUGCCACAUGCUGAUGUGAAAUUAUUUUUGUAUUUCCUCCUUCAGUGAGGUGAAGUUUCAUUUCUUUUUAUCAAUUUAUUCCAUUUUUCAUGAUUUCGGAGAAACAUAAUAAGUACGUUUAUUACCCGUUAUUCUAUAAACAGCCAAAUCAAUUGAGUUUUUUUAUGCUUGUUGACACUCUUUGUAUAAGACCUGUAAUUGGCGUCCAGUUUGUCAGGAUUAACUAAAUUAAACCAAAGCAGAAAGUGCAGUGAAGCGUCUACCUCUUUUCUCCUCAUGUAGAAAAACUGACGGAGCAACAUUAAGGCAGGUUCAAACAUUAGAGUAGAAGAGUUUAGACCACUCUUCCUGUAAAACUGAACCCAUGAGACAAAAUCAGCCAAACAUCUGAUCUAAACAUUGCAUUUUACAUUGAUAUAGUGUUUGUGAAUGUCAGUUCAUUGUGCCUCUUUUUUUGAUGAAUUACACACGUUUUGUUAUUCAUUUUUGGGGGGCCAGUUUGCUGUGUUUUUAUUGUUGUAUAAUGUAAUAAAAAAAAAUAGAGGAAAUAAAGAUAACUAACACACA